AGCGUAAGUAGAGGUAGAAAUGAUGGCUCGCCAUCUACGGUGGAUUGCAGUCUUUUUAGUGGUUUUCACUAUCAUUGAAGCCGACCCCUUGGAAGAUAGCAGUGUUUCUCCUGAAGAGGAAGCAAAUGAUACCCAAGAUUUUGGCAAGGCUUUGGGAGACACUGCUUAUCAAGGGGAGAUCAGAGGUAGGAAAAAUUCACCUUAUGGCACGGUUUACUUAUGGAGUCUUUGGUUUCACUUAUGUUCGUUCUCGUGAAGUUAUGUUUCUUAUAUAAAAUGAAACUAGAAAAAUGAGGUAGCAAAAAAAUUCACAGAGAACAAAUUACACUCAGAAUUAAUAUCAGCCAGAGAAUGCAAGGAGGUAAGCGUCUGCAAAAGUGGAAAUUUUUUCAUAACUCAAGGCAAGUGCAACGGUGGAUUUUAUAAGCGGUGGUUUCUUCCAUGUUCAUGGUUUUCUUUUAGGAAUUAGGGCUGUUUCGUCGUUGUGCCAUCUUAUUAGACGUAAUUUGAUUUUAUCAUAACAAGACUGUCUUCGUUCAUCAAUGGUUUUUCCUCUUCGUGUUGAUCAUCAGUCAUUCAAUACAUAACAUUUAUGCCCAAACAGCAAAAGCAAAACCCAUUCGAUUGAAAUACAAUUGCAAUAGUAUUAAUGUAUUCAGUUCGGACCAUACCCAGCAUUAAAGGACAUUCCAAAAUAAAUGUGGCUUUUUGAAAUAGGAGAUGUUCCUAAUAUAUUGUUAAAAAGGAAGUUUUUAUUUCUUCGUUAACAAUAAUCAAUUCAUCCGGUUACAUAGUGUGUGGGACACGAAGUCAGUCAAUAUCAUAAUAAGUCAAUAGACAGAUAAAAAUUCAGCUUUCAGAGAGACAAUGAAGGUUUUUUUUCUAGCAUACGCUGGUGGCUUAAUAUAUAUGCACAUUUUUUUUUCUUUUCGUAGAAAAUAAUGAUAAAUCGGAUGAGGAGCAACAAGAAGAAUCCCUUGUAGAAAAUAAUACUUCUGAAGAUGUAAAUUCCUACAAUAUGGACGAGAACGACUUAGGUAAGCUCCUACUAAGGCUUCCUCGAAACAAAUUCGUGUCAAAUUCAACUUUAAGUCAAGUUGGUUUCCCCACCUCGAUGCGUUACCAUAACCAGUUAAAGGACAAUCGUUGUUUUAAACUAAGUGCAUAGAAAAAUAUCUAUAGUUUUUAUUUUCAAUGAAACAUUGAUCAUGCACUUACUCACUAGUUUCUAAAGGUCGUGGUUCAACAUUCUCUUCCAUAGAAAAUGAGGAAGAAGCAGAAGGCCUAAAUCAAGGGGAUUCUCCAGUAGAAGACACUGCCACUGAAUAUGAUGCUUACGAUACUGCUGAGCAGAGCGACUUGGGUAUGUAGUCAACUUUCCUGCAAGAGUUAAUGUGAUCAUUAAAAGGGUAGGAAUACCGUAGCAAGUGAAUCGAUGUAUCGGUUAAUUGUAAUACGAAAGUUUCGAAACUUUAUUUUAUAGAACAAAGUAAUCAAGAAACAGCAACAGAAGAUCAACAAGCCAAUUCCCUGUCAGAUAACGAUUACUCCGAAGAAAAGACUUCUACCACUACUGAGGAGAAUGACUCAGGUAAGUAAUCUUGAUUUAAUUUUUGAGCGACCCUAAUGCAUUUGCUCAAUAUAUAAGUUAAUGGAUGGAAAGUUAACGAAAGUCCGUUUUAUUGUCACCACUUCAUCUCUUAGCUGUCAAUCAUCAGUCAGCCAAUCAGCAUUAAUUCAAAUGGAGACAAGACGAUUAUCCAAUGUGAAAAAAGAGAGGAAAAAAAGAAAAAAUAAAGCGAGUAUGGGCGAUUCCCCGCCAGGCUUCCCCUAACAGUCAUAAAUCCACUGAAUAAGAUCCAAACAAUCACUACACAGUAAGGCGAAAGGUUCUAAACGUCAUGACUUCCCAUUUUCUUAAACAGUAAACCCCGAAGAGGCGGAAGGCCAAGAACAGGAGGAUUCCCCAUUGAAAGAUACCGCUGCUGAAUAUGACACUUAUGACACUGCUGAGCAGAACGACGCGGGUAAGUAGCCAAGUUUCGAUCAUGAUGUUUUACAGGAUCAUUAAAAGGAUAGAAAUGCUGAAAUCAGUAAAUUAGUGUCUCUAUGAAUCAAUUGGGCAGUCAGUAAAUAACUGAAUCAGCGGCAAUAAAUCCAAAAAUCAAUUGGUCAGUCCGUUAAUUGGUUAUUCACUCAACCGACCAAUGAAUUGCUAUCUGGGUUGCUAGGAUUAUCAAGUCAAUUUUCCUUCUCAAUUAUAGAAAACGAUGAAGAAGAAGAAGAACAACAACAACAACAAGACUUUUUAGAAGGAAACGAUUCUUCCCAUGAAGAAACUUUCGACACUGUCGAAGAAAACAACUCGGGUGAGUAGCAAUUUUCUUGAAAUACAAAAACAGUGUGACGAUAUAUUAUGUUCUUCCUUAAUAACACAAUAUCAUGAGAUUUACGACUCUCGUGAUGAAUAUCUGGGACGUAGAACUGCCUAAAGUCGCGAUAAACAUCACUCUAUGCAACAAAAUGAACUAAGCUUUCCUUUCCAUUGACUUAUACGUAUUCUUAGAUUACUGGAGUUUGUCUUUGCUUUCUUAUUUGCUAUUUCUAAAGCGUUUGAAAUUUCGAUAAGUAAUCCUUUUUCUCAUCUUUCCAUCGACAAACUGUUAUUUUUUCGUUCUUAUUUAAGGCAUUAUCAAUCAUAUUACCAAUCUGCAAUUAUCGUUUCUCUUUUGCCAGAAUAUGAAGAAGAGGGAGAUCAACUGGAGGAUUCAACAUUAGAUAAUAAUGCUUUCGCGCUAAACACCCCCGUGGACGCUGAAGAUAGUGACUAUGGUUCGUAGAAAAAAUAAUAGUAAUUAAAUUGAAUUUUAAAAGAAAACUACACAUUGCAAUAACUUGAACAAAUAAAUUUUCUGCAAAAAAAUUGUGCAGAUGGUAACUAGGUGACAAACCAGAAGGCGACUGUUUUAACCCUUUACACCCUAACAUCGGCAUGCAUAUUCUCCAUACUGUUCUCUAUACAAUUCGUAAGGUGCUAACAAGGAGAAUUUGUUUAACAAUCAAGAGCUUCUUUAGUUGGUGAUCAUUUCCAAUAUUCUCGCGACGUAAAUGGAUGAUUUAAAGGUGAUAUGGUAAGGAGAAAUGAGAUGUUAGUCACUCAUAGGGGUAAAAAGGUUUAAGAGGCCGCCUCGAAGAGUGAAACAGCCACAUGGGUGAUAUGCCAAUAACAACAAACACACAUGACGAUGUACAAUCUCCUCUAGUCAUGAUAGGAAUCCCUGUCAUUUUGUAAAACUGUAAUCAUACAAUAAAUUUAAAGUAUAAGCCUAAAUGAACGAUAACUCAAUUAAGGUAAUCCCUUUGUCAAGCAAUUAAAAUCAUCAAUGGAGUUCUACAAUUCUAGUAAGAAAGAAAAUAAUCUUUCUUCCGUCUAUCGUUCUUGAAAAAGAUAUUGUACUACAAGGAAUAAAAUGUAUUUACGAGCGCACUCACGUUUGAUUUUCCGAAAGAACGAAAAAGAAUACUUCUGAAACUAUAUUCAGGGAAACCACGUACAAACCUUGCCAACGGUGAUCACAUUUAUUUUUUCUCAGACCUAAUGCCUAACUAUAUAAAUCUGUUCUUUAUUUAGACUCUCGCCAAGAUGACCCGGCUGUCGAUAAACUACAAACCGUCCCUGAGGAUGACAUUUCAUGCAACAUCCCAUACAAAUACACUCUGACCCACAAGUGCUGCUAUGGCAAACUGGUUCCAAAGAGCUCCAUUUGCGGAGCUAGAUGUGGUUUGUCUACCUACAAUCCACUGACCUAUAAGUGCUGUUACGGCAAAGUGGUUCUUAAGUGUUUCCCUUGCCCAGGCAGAUGUGGCCUGCUGAGCUACAACCCAUGGACCCAGAAAUGUUGUUAUGGCAAAGUGGUUCUCAAAAGUUUCCUUUGCCCGGCCAAAUGUGGCCUCGUAGGCUACAAUCCAUGGACCCAGAAGUGUUGUUACGGCAAAGUGGUCUCCAAACGUUUCACCUGCCCAGGCAGAUGCGGCUCAACUGCAUUCAAUCCAUGGACCCAUAAGUGCUGCUAUAACAGAUUGGUUACCAAGAGUUAUACAUGCCCAGCGAAAUGUGGCCUUGCAAGCUACAAUCCGUGGACCCACAAGUGCUGCUACAACAGAGUGGUUACCAAGAGUUAUGUUUGCCCGGCGAAGUGUGGCCUUGCAAGCUACAAUCCGUGGACCCACAAGUGCUGCUAUAACAGAGUGGUUCUCAGGAGUUAUGUUUGCCCAGCGAAAUGUGGCCUUGCAAGCUACAAUCCCUGGACUCACAAGUGCUGCUACAACAGAGUGGUUACCAAGAGUUAUACGUGCCCAGCGAAAUGUGGCCUUGCAAGCUACAAUCCGUGGACUCACAAGUGCUGUUAUAACAGAGUGGUUCUCAGGAGUUUUAUUUGCCCAGCGAAAUGUGGCCUUGCAAGCUACAAUCCGUGGACUCACAAGUGCUGCUACAACAGAGUGGUUACCAAGAGUUAUACAUGCCCAGCGAAAUGUGGCCUUGCAAGCUACAAUCCGUGGACUCACAAGUGCUGCUAUAACAGAGUGGUUACCAAGAGUUAUGUUUGCCCGGCGAAGUGUGGCCUUGCAAGCUACAAUCCGUGGACCCACAAGUGCUGUUAUAACAGAGUGGUUCUCAGGAGUUUUAUUUGCCCAGCGAAAUGUGGCCUUGCAAGCUACAAUCCCUGGACUCACAAGUGCUGCUACAACAGAGUGGUUACCAAGAGUUAUACGUGCCCAGCGAAAUGUGGCCUUGCAAGCUACAAUCCGUGGACUCACAAGUGCUGCUACAACAGAGUGGUUACCAAGAGUUAUGUUUGCCCAGCGAAGUGUGGCCUUGCAAGCUACAAUCCGUGGACCCACAAGUGCUGCUAUAACAGAGUGGUUCUCAGGAGUUUUAUUUGCCCAGCGAAAUGUGGCCUUGCAAGCUACAAUCCGUGGACUCACAAGUGCUGCUACAACAGAGUGGUUACCAAGAGUUAUACAUGCCCAGCGAAAUGUGGCCUUACAAGCUACAAUCCGUGGACUCACAAGUGCUGCUACAACAGAGUGGUUACCAAGAGUUAUGUUUGCCCAGCGAAAUGUGGCCUUGCAAGCUACAAUCCGUGGACCCACAAGUGCUGCUAUAACAGAGUGGUUCUCAGGAGUUUUAUUUGCCCAGCGAAAUGUGGCCUUGCAAGCUACAAUCCCUGGACUCACAAGUGCUGCUACAACAGAGUGGUUACCAAGAGUUAUACAUGCCCAGCGAAAUGUGGCCUUGCAAGCUACAAUCCGUGGACUCACAAGUGCUGCUACAACAGAGUGGUUACCAAGAGUUAUGUUUGCCCAGCGAAAUGUGGUCUUGCCAGCUACAACCCGUGGACCCACAAGUGCUGCUACAACAGAGUGGUUACCAAGAGUUACAUUUGCCCAGCAAAAUGUGGCCUUGCAAGCUACAAUCCGUGGACUCACAAGUGCUGCUACAACAGAGUGGUUACUAAGAGUUAUAUUUGCCCAGCGAAUUGUGGCCUCGCAAGCUACAAUCCGUGGACUCACAAGUGCUGCUACAACAGAGUGGUUCUCAAGAGCUUCACCUGCCCACCCAAAUGCGGGCUGGCGAGCUAUAAUCCAUGGACGCACAAGUGCUGCUACAACAGAGUGGUUCUCAAGAGCUUCACCUGCCCAGCCAAAUGUGGCCUCGUGAGCUACAACCCAUGGAGCCAGAAGUGCUGCUAUGGUAAGGUAGUGUCCACAAGUUUCCGCUGCCCGGCUAGAUGUGGGGUGGCAAGCUACAAUCCGUGGACACACAAGUGUUGCUACAACAGAGUGGUUCUCAAGAGGUUCACCUGCCCACCUAAAUGUGGCCUUACAAGCUACAAUCCAUGGACCCAGAAGUGCUGCUAUGGUAGAGUAGUGUCCAUAAGUUUCAGUUGCCCGGCUAAAUGUGGGGUGGCAAGCUAUAAUCCAUGGACCCACAAGUGUUGCUACAACAGAGUGGUUCCCAAGAGCUUCACCUGCCCAGCCAAAUGUGGCCUUACAAGCUACAAUCCAUGGACCCAGAAGUGCUGCUAUGGUAGAGUAGCGUCCAAAAGUUUCAGUUGCCCGGCUAAAUGUGGGGUGGCAAGCUAUAAUCCAUGGACCCACAAGUGUUGCUACAACAGAGUUGUUCUCAAGAGCCUCACUUGCCCAGCCAAAUGUGGCCUCGUCAGCUAUAAUCGAUGGACUCAGAAGUGCUGCUACGGUAAAGUAGUGUCCACAAGUUUCAGUUGCCCGGCGAAAUGUGGAGUGGUGAGUUAUAAUCCAUGGACCCAGAAGUGCUGCCAUAACAGAGUAGUGUCCAAAAGCUUCAGCUGUACGGCAAGAUGCGACCGCGUGACUUACAAUCCCUUGACACACAAGUGUUGCUAUGGUAAAGUAAUAUCACUGUAUGCUGUUUGCUAG